AUGGUUUCUAGUCUAAGAAACGAACAAGAAAAGGGAGGCCCUGCUGGCGAGAAGCCGGAACCAGUCCGAACACACUUAAGAAACAUGAUCAUUGUACCUGAAAUGAUUGGAAGCAUCAUUGGAGUGUACAAUGGCAAGACAUUCAAUCAGGUUGAAAUCAAGCCUGAAAUGAUUGGGCAUUAUCUUGCCGAGUUCUCAAUCUCAUACAAGCCUGUCAAGCAUGGUAGGCCUGGUAUUGGUGCUACCCAUUCCUCUAGGUUCAUUCCUCUCAAGUGAGAUGUUCUGCAGCAGCUAGGAUACUCCAGUUCUUUCCUAUCUUUUGAUGACAUCUGAGGUGGUCAAAUUUUUGUCGAUUUAGUUGAUUAAUGGUGUCAUUUUGUGUUUCCAUUUAUAAUUCUAAAGAAUUUCACUCAUUUAUCCGGGUUAGAGAGAUGAUUCAGGAUGGUUUAUUAUAAUAUUUUAUAUUAGCUUAAACAUGUUUUUGGAUUUUCUGCUUCCACUUUUACUAUGUUGUUUUAGAUGUCUGGUAAGCUGCGCCAUAUCUUUUCAGUUUUUUGUGACCUUUCAUUCUUUGAUAAGAUAAACUGAAAAGACACGGUCUUUUUAGUGUUUGC